UCUCUCUCUCCAGUGUCCAACGCAGAGAUCGCAGCCGCGGGGACACCAGCCACCGCCUUCUGGCUCCCUUGGGGAGCAGGGCCAUCUGGACGACACCAACACCUCCUACCAGAACCGGGGGGGGGGGGCGCUAAGAGAGUGGGUACCAAUCCGGUUCAGGGAAAAGCCAGAGCCGAGGAGCGUCGGCGCGACGUGCCGUUGAAAGACACAGCCGCCGAGAACAGGGAAUUGCAUUCAAACCAGAGAAUCGCCCAGCAAACGCUUCCAAGGUUGGCAUCCAGGAAGGGGGGUGGGGGGGAGAGAGAGAGGCGCCAGACUCCAGCCUUCUGCCUCUUCCCUCCUCUCUUUGGUGGUGCCUGGCCUCCCCGUUCCCCCCUUCCAGUCGGAAGCGGAAUGGUCUCUCCCGGGUGCUCUAUUUAAUCCCCGCUACUGCCGCAUCUCUCUCUGCCUUUAGUCAACACAGCGGCAUCGCUGGCUGGGCUCCUCGCCGCCUGUGCCGUGUGCCACUGCGGUCUGGGUUCUGGGAGAGACAGAGAAGGCAAGAAGAGGGGGGGAAGGAUUGCUUUACCCCCCCCCCUUUUUCCCCCAGCGGGGAGGGGGACGGACUAAGUUUGCAAGGAACCGCGAAGGGAGAUUCCCCCCUCCCCCUGUCUUUCAUCUUUCUUCUCUGCCCUCCCCCCGCUACAAACGACCGAGGAACCACCACCACCACCCCUCCCUCCCCAAAGAUGCUAUCUUCAGCUUGCACCGUCUUGGUCCUCCUGGGCUCCUUCUGGAUCGCCACCAGCCGAGGAAACCUUUCGCAUGACCGGAGCCAGCCCACGACGAAGGAUGAAACAGUGGUGGCUGGCAGCAAGGUGAUUCUCCGCUGCCAAGUGGAAGACCCUCAAGAGUCUUACCUUCAGUGGUCCAAUCCAACCCAGCAGACACUCUACUUUGGAGAGAAACGAGCACUGCGAGAUAAUCGAAUUCAGCUGGAGAAGUCUACGUCCUAUGAACUGACAAUCAGCAUUGAUAAUGUGUCACUGGCAGACGAAGGAGAGUACACCUGCUCCAUCUUCACCAUGCCCGUGCGGACUGCAAAAGCUGUCGUCACUGUUCUGGGAGUUCCCCGGAAACCCCAGAUCUUUGGCUACAGGGAGCCACUGAAAGACGGGCAGACGGCCAAGCUGAGGUGUGUCUCCUCGGGCAGCAAACCUCCGGCUCGGCUCGAGUGGCAGAAGGGGGGCACGUCACUUUCAGGUAAAGACUUCGAGGUGACAGAAGACAGCAACGGGAAGACGUUCACCGUCUCCAGUCAUGUUGAAUUUGUUGUCAGUAAGGAAGAUAAUGGCGUCGAUGUCACCUGUAUGGUUCGUCAUCCUUCACUGCCGAACUCUGCCUCAUCAACUACUCUGAAGAUAGAAGUCUUCUAUGUGCCCAUUGCUUCUAUCCAGCCAGAUCCCACCUACCCACGGGAAGGAGAAAUCCUGAAACUGGAGUGUGAUGGUCAAGGCAACCCAGUCCCCCAGGAGUUCAUUUGGCGGAAAGAGGGUGUUCUCACCCCAUUGGCAGAGACCCAAGACAAAGUCCUUCUCUUCCCCUCUUUGAACAAAAGCGACAGCGGGACCUACAUCUGCAGCGCCACCAACAUCAUGGGCACCUCCGAGGCGAGGUACAACCUGGCUGUGAAUGGUAAGCAUCGUUCUGCAGUGCCCUCUGCUGGCUGGAGGCCUGUAUUGUCUAACGGAGUCCCUUUCCUUGAUACAGUAUAAGGAGCUCCGUCUUGAGCUUUC